AAAUCCGCAUGUGGAAUGCUGCAUUAUAGAUAUAUAUUGGGGAGAAUAACCAGUUACCAAAAAUAUGGUAAUGGCCUUGAAUGUUGGUCUUGUGGACUCUUUAUCUAGUCAUGUGGUGGGUGCAUGAAUGGCAUGGCCUCGAGGAUUCGAAAGAUUCUCUGUCUAUUUCCGAUCUCUCAUUCUGGACUUAUCAGCGUGUCUCGCACUUCUCAAGAUGAGAAGUCUACUGGGUGAAGCCAAGCUUCGAAACACAGACCAUCAAGACCUUUUGUCCGUUGAACGGCCCGUUAAUAACUCGAGUAACAUAAUAAUAGGUUGUGUUGAUAAACCAAAUUGGUGAUUUAACAUUGAAGUUGUUGUCAAUACAGUGACUUGCAGGCAUGAUUACAUAGCAAUAUGACACAAGAUAACGGCCCAU